AUGGAGAGUGGGACAAGUGGGAAAUGUGGGAUGAAAGAGAGAAUGAUGAAGAAACGAGGAAUGAGACGAGAGAUGCAGGUGGAGAUGCAGCAGGUUGUAGAUGCUCAAGUGAAUCAGGAUGCAGAGUACAGCGUGGGUCUGUGGAUCGCCAGGCAUUCUACCAUGCCUGUCCCCCCACCCCUCAAUCCCCGCAGAAAAAAGCACCUGCCCGACACACACCGCCACCCCAAACAAAGGGCAGAAGGUUCCACCUUCCCUUCCCUCUUCCCUCCAUCCAUCCUCUCUCUUUCUCUUCUCCCCCCUCUCUUCGUCUCAUCUUUGCCCUCCUCAUCCCAUCUCGUCCACUGCGCAUGCCCCAGGGCCACGAAGAAAACCCGUCUCGACUCUGCCCCUUUCCCGGCGUUUCACUGGCUGGCUCUGGUCACAUGCUGCCUGCUGCCUUCUCUGAUUGGAGCAGGGGAGACGUGGGGCGUGGUCUCGGCCUGUCCCUUCCACUGCGUGUGUCGAAACCUUUCGGAGUCGCUCAGCACGCUCUGCGCCGACAAGGGCCUCCUGUUUGUCCCCCCGCACGUUGACCGCCGCACCGUGGAGCUGCGACUGGCUGACAACUUCAUCACGGAAGUGGGCGGGAUUGACUUUGUCAACAUGACCGGAUUGGUUGAUUUGACUCUGUCGAGGAAUACCAUUCACCUGAUCCGACCAAUGACAUUUGGUGACCUGGAGAGUUUGCGCUCGCUGCAUCUGGAUGGCAAUCGCUUGACAACACUUGGGCCCAGAGACCUCGCAGGUUUGGUCAAUCUGCAACACCUGAUUGUCAACAACAACCAGCUGGUCAAAGUCUCCGUCGAGGCCUUUGACGACUUCUUGCUCACACUGGAAGACCUCGACAUGUCCUACAAUAACCUCAGGAGGGUGCCAUGGGAGUCCAUUCAGAAGAUGGCCAGUCUGCACACUCUCAACUUGGACCAUAACCUGAUAGACCACAUAGCGGAAGGUGUCUUUGGAGAGCUGUACAAGCUUGCAAGGCUGGAUAUGACAUCCAACAGGCUCCGGACCAUGCCUCCUGAUGCCCUAUUUGCAAGGUCACAGACAGGUGCAAUAAGCCCCACCCCCUACAAUGCUGUCAUAAGCUUAAAUUUCGGUGGGAAUCCUCUGCACUGCAAUUGUGAACUGCUUUGGUUACGCCGGCUUAUUCGUGGGGACGACAUGGAGACGUGUGCCACACCUCCACACCUGGCUGGAAGAUAUUUCUGGUCAAUUCCUGAGGAGGAGUUCACGUGUGAACCACCUCUCAUCACCCGUCACACUCACAAGCUGUGGGUGCUGGAGGGCCAGCGAGCCACGCUAAAAUGCCGUUCCAUUGGCGACCCAGAGCCAGUAGUCCACUGGGUUUCACCAGAUGACCGCAUCAUUGCCAAUUCAUCCCGGACCAGCUCCUUCAGCAACGGGACCUUGGAUAUGUUGGUAACCGUUGUCCGGGAUGACGGGGCAUACACAUGCAUCGCAAUAAACGCAGCGGGCGAAGCAACUGCCACCGUGGACCUGAAAAUAAUCCCCCUGCCUCACCGGGGCGGAGCAGGCGGAAACACAGGGCAUAACAACGUGAACACCAAAAACAACAGGAAUGUGACAAAUGGGAUUUUACGGGUCGAUCCGGGCUCCUCGGAUAUCAGCACAGGGAAAAACGGAGGGAUUAACAACGGCGCAGGACGUGGAGGGGAGGUGGAGGAUGGGAGGAGAGGUGGCGAGGACCAUGAGGGCGACAGUAACAGGGCCUCUGAAGGGGAAAGGGCCGACGGAGGGAGCAUGGAGGACGACGUAGGGGACGAGGAGGAAGAAAGGAUGGUUGGAGUACAAGGGGUUACUUCAACCUCAGCUCAGGUCCGGUGGGAUAUGGGGCGCAUGUCUGCUGCUUACGUUGUCUGGAUGUAUCAGAUACAGUACAACUGCACCGCCGACGAGACCCUCAUCUACAGAAUUCUACCGCCGACCAGUGACCGUUUCCUGCUGAAGAACUUGGUUUCCGGUGUGGACUAUAACCUGUGUGUGCUGGCCAUUUUCGAUGACACUAUCACAACAUUAGCAGCGACAAAAGUGCUGGGCUGCGCCACGUUCUCCACCAAGGAUGUUUACCCAGCAUGCCGCUCUCUCCAAGCCCAUUUCCUGGGCGGUACACUGACCAUAUUGGUUGGCGGUGUUGUUGUCGUCACCCUGCUCGUGUUCACGGUGGCGCUCAUGGUUCGCCACCGCGUUUGCAAUCAUGGCGACCACAUGAUAUGUCACAACGGCAACACUGAAGCAGGAGGCGGGGCCUGCAGUCAGGGUGGAUGUGGAGGGGGCGGGGACAAAGGGGGAAACAGUGGCGGGUGCUACCAAUCAAAUGGUUCCGGGGACAUGAUGAUGGUGGUCCUGCCCAAUGGUCUGCCGUCAAAAAGAGGAGGGGAGACUGACAAGGUGAAGGAGAAUGAGAAGGAAGACUCUGCUUCCUCUCUGCCUCCAAAACUCCCUCCAAAGCCCAGGCCAAAACCUAAAGUCAACCUGGAGCAUUUUCUUUCCGCUGGGGGCGUAGUUUCCAUGACGACAGGGGCAGUAGGUGAGAUGGCAUUGGUGGUGAGGCAAAGGAAGCUGGACAAGGCGCCGCCAUACACCCCUGAAAGUGACAGAACUCCCCUCUACUACUCCCCUUCCCCUUCAUCCACCCUGCCCCGUCAGUCACACUCCAGGGACCGCCCGAAACCCCGUCUGGAGCGAGAACUUACCAAUCGGGCCAGUUUCUCUCUGGCUGCCCCCCUGAGAGACUCAGAGCUGUUGGACUGGAGAAUCAGUCCCCGAAGCAGGGACAAAUGGAACUCCUCACAGGCUUAUCAGAGCCCUCUGUCCCCUCUAAGCCCCGUCUGCGGGACCGUUAGCAAACGGCGGCACUCUCUGGAUAUGGGUUCCUCUGUUGCCCUGGCGACCGAUGCUGCCACGACGGUUGCCAAGCGCUAUGGUGCUGUCAAUUACGCCAAGCGGCUGAGCGUGAUCUGGACGAGGCGGAGCCAGUCUCUCCACGGAAUGCUAGUGCAGUGCGCCUCGACGACGAGCACAACGUCUUCGACGACCAGCGAUGAGGAGAGUGGCGGGGGCUUUGGGGCACGUUGCCAGUUUCAACAGGGAUACAUCCACGCUUACAACACCACCAACUCCAACUCUAACACUGGGAUCAGUACUGGGAAAGCGAGCAGUGUAAAAGACAGGGGGAGGCAAACGGGGAAGGAUGGAAAGAGUGCUGAAGAACUGGAGGAAAGUGUAGUGUAGGGGGUUAUGGAAUGUAAAAAAAAAAAAAAAGUUAAGAGUUAAGUUAAGAGGGAUAAAGGGUCUGUGAGGCAGUUUCAAUGGAAUCUUAAGUUUAGCAGGGCAAAGAGGUGGAAGAGGGAGCAGGACAGGGGAGUUGAAGUGGUUGCAGAUGAGGAGGGGAAGGUUGGGAGUUUAGACGAAGGGAGAAGAGUAAAAUUGACUCGAGUCUCACUUGUGCAGCUCCUUGAUUUUCCCUGGGAGAAGUCAAAAAAAGAAAGGGGGGGGUGGGAAGUGCACCUGGAAGUCAGGUGAAGAUUUCUAAGAGGGCUGAAGAGUGAUGGGCGGGAAAAUGAGUGGGUAGAGAGAUGUGGCAGGAAAAUGGAGAGAGUGAGAGAAACGGCUGAGUGUUCUAAAAUACUCAAGGCUGAGCUCAGGCUGUAUUAGUCAAAAAUAAAAGAUACAAGAUAGAACCUGAAAGAAGGAACGCCAAAACAAAACUUGAGAGUGGCAGUUUAAGAAGAGACAACGUCCCGAGUGAUGUAUAGAGUCACAGACGGAGAGACAUAGACAGGGGAACACAUCAAUAGAGUAACAGAACAAAGGUGAUAUAGCAGAGACAGAGAUGGCGUGAGCUCAGCGUGGAUCCCAGUAAAGCCUAUACACUAAUAGAACCAGACUCCUGCUAACACUUCAACUCUCCAGGGCCUCAGCCCCCACAACUGUUUACACUGGAUCAAAAACAACACAACCCGUAAUACUGGAGAAACAUGCUCCUCUGACAAAAACAACAAAAAAAAAAGAUUUGGAUGACAUAGUCCUGCUUUGUCAUCUUGCUUUUUUUUUUUUUUUGGACUCCAACACUGACGGCCAUUUUGAAACUCUUUUCCAAAACGCAAUGAAUGUGACUUUUAUGUGUCCUCUGUGGCUGGAAAAUGAUUUUGGCUUGCAGUGCCUGCGGAUUAUGGGAGCAUAAAUACAGAGCCGGGUGCACUGGACAUGAUCAAUCGAUACUGGCUGGAAAGAACGAGUGCAGCACAGACAUUAUUAAAAGAAAGAAAUUGGGAUUACAACGGAGUCGAUAUGGAUAACAAAAUGGAGACAGGGGUGCAUGAUGGAACAUGUGCGCGUGUGCAUUUCUGAAAGGCAGGAUCGCAUUGGAUGUUGGAUGAUAACGGACCAAACAAACGAACAAUGCUAAGUGUGCAUGCAUUGUUGGAUCAGGGACAGGGUGUGUGUAUGUGUGCCUAAGUGUGUGUUAGUGUGCGCACAUGUAUAUGAAUGUGUAUGAGUGGCAAUCCAGUCGACCAGACUCCAUUUGUGUUUAAUAAGGUUUAGCGCUUUCUGGACAUGCUGUGAACUAAGAGCGAAAUGUUUCCAGCAAUGUAGCGUGGUCAGAAAGCGGCAAACAUUAUGGGGGAAUUUCAACUUCAUUUUUUGUGACUUCAGACUCCUUUGUGCCACAUGGAUUCACUUUCAAUCCAUACAGUGAAUGUUUUCAGAAAGGAAGCAGAUAAAAAAAAAAAAAAAAAAAAAAAACAUGACAGAACCACUAUGGAAGCCACUAAACUCUUCUUCAAGACUUCUUCAAAAUGUAUUAUGGGAUGACUGAUCCAAUGGCACAGAGCACAGAGACUCUUAACAUCUAUCAA